CCUGGAUUCAUCCGAAGGUUUUCCGGUAUCCCAUGAGCCUCACCAAGGUAGGUCAAUCGAGACCCGCCCGACCAACUGCAAUAAGCCUUACAGCGGAUCCACAGUUGCCGCACUGUCAACAUCCCGUCUACAAGUCUGGGCUGCGAAUCUACUCGCCUGCCACCAAGUAACUUAUGUGACGCCAAUACGAUUUCCUACGCACCUGGCCGCCAUGGCUCUCGUAUCUCGUGCGAGGUUGUUAGAUCUUAUGAAGAUCCAAUGCCAAAUUUUCUCGUCAACGUAUAACCCGGGUGGGAUACGGAUGGGCAACAAGAUCCUACGACAGCGGUUAAAAGGCCCAUCGCUUGCCAAGUACUACCCAUCGAAGAAACCGACGAUCUUCACGUUAGAGAGAGAGUUCGAGAAGUUGGAUCUAUGGACGCUGAAUGAGGAAGAGAUGGAUAGACAGGAGCACAUCGCAGGGCGGAAGUCACGCGGAAAAGGCGCCCCGAAGAAGCGGAAGGGACCAAUUGCGAAACAUCUUCGAGGCAAGAAGUAGUCUGGGAUACAGCUUGCUUCGAUUGGCGACAGCGGUGGCGUCCGUGGGCAUGUAUGCAAAUUAGGGUUGUCGAUACGAUACCCAGGGCCUAGAACGGGGGUGAGGCAAUU